AUGGUGGAAAACACGAACUCGGCUUUGGCUGCCUUCUCCUCCCCGGGGUCGCUGCCCCUGCUGGUGCCGGGCGCCGGCGGCGGCUCCCCGGGGCGCGGCGCUGCCCUGCCGGGCCCGGGCGGCGGGGGGCACCGGCUGGAGGCGGUGAUGGAGAACCUGCAGCGGCAGCAGGCGGCGCGGCUGGCCCGGGGGGAGGAGAAGCUGCGGCGGGGGCAGGCGGAGCCCGGCCCGGGGCAGCUGCGCUCCGCGGUGGGGAGCCGCAUCCAGCCGCAGGCGCUGGCCCUCCAGCAGUACCAGGCGGCGGUGCGCUGCGGGCUGGCCCCCCGCGGCCGCCUGGGGGGGUCCCCGCCGGGCCCCGGCGCCCCGGAGCACGGCCAGGAGGAGGACCUGGAGGAAGAGGCGGGGGCGGCCCGGUACCCGCCGCGCUCCCCCAGCGCCCCGCAGCAGCGCCCGGAGCCCGCCCGCUCGCUCUCCCCGCCGCGCCAGCCGCCGCCCCAGCACCACGAGUGGACCUACGAGGAGCAGUUCAAGCAGCUCUACGAACUGGACGAUGACCCCAAGCGGAAGGAGUUUCUGGACGACCUCUUUGGCUUCAUGCAGAAGAGAGGGACUCCAGUGAACCGAAUCCCCAUCAUGGCCAAGCAGGUGCUGGACCUGUACACGCUGUACCGGCUGGUGACCGAGAAGGGCGGCCUGGUCGAAGUGAUCAACAAGAAGAUCUGGCGGGAGAUCACCAAAGGCCUCAACCUCCCCACGUCCAUCACUAGCGCGGCGUUCACACUCCGCACGCAAUACAUGAAAUACCUGUACCCCUACGAAUGUGAGAAACGAGCCCUCAGCUCCCCCGGCGAGCUCCAGGCCGCCAUAGACAGCAACCGGCGAGAGGGGCGCCGGCAGAGCUUUGGCACGGCGCUUUUCAGCUACUCCCCCGUGGGCACCCCGGCCAUGCUGGGCUCCCCGAAGAUCCCCGUGCCGGCCAUGACGAGACUCUCCCUUCCAACAGACGCGGCAGCCAAAGGGAGUGAUGGGAACUGCUCCUCCAGCAAGGCCCUGCGAGAUCCCACCCUCUGCCCCACCAAAACCGGGGAGGAAAACAUCCCAGUUGCUAACCCGGAGAGGCAACGGGAUGACAGACAGGAGACCGCAUUGAACCUGUCCACCAGCGGCAUUAGCAGCAUCAACAUGUCAAUAGAAAUAAAUGGAGUUGUCUACACAGGUGUCCUGUUCGCCCGCAGACCCCUCGUCCCGGGGGCACCCGGCAGCAACAGCAGCAGGAGCUCCCACGGCCAGGCGAGCCCGGUGCCCGCACAGAACCAGCGGCUCUCGGCCUCCUCACGCAGUCACACUCCCGCCAGCGCCUCGCCGUGA